AUGGAGGUUCUGCCGCCGUUACCGCUGGAUCUCUAUCUUCUCCAGGAAUUCCAAGCGAUGGACACUAAUAAUCGUGGCUACUUGGAUACGAAACAAUUUUGCGAUCUUUUGCUUUUUCUGGGUUACGACCGACGCCCUGAACUCAUUCAGAUGAAAAUGAAAGAAGUGGAUUCUGACGGAGACUCCAUUAUACGAGAACAUGAUUACGUGUGUAUGAUGUCGGAGGAUGAAGACCUCUUGAAUGGGACGAGUGUUUUGAGAGAACUUUUCAAGAAAUUUGACAAAGACAAUAGCGGUUACGCUUUUACAACUGAUAAACAAUUAAAAACACUAAAAGGACCUGUGAACCUGGACAUUUUUAUUCGCUUCAUGAAAAAUUUACCAAACAGAACAAGAAAGCUGAGGGAGAUAUUCGCCAUUUUUAGCGGGAAUAAAACCAGCAUGGAAGCGACAAAAGAAGAAGUUCUAAUGGGACUUGAACAACUAGGAGUGCAGCAGAAGGAAAAGCUCCUUGAGGAAAUGACAAAUUCGGACAAUUUAGUUACGUAUAAGGAUUUUAAAGUUUCUCUCAGAAAUAUAUUAUACAAAAUGAUGUUAUCACGUGCCAAGCCAGCAACAGGGGCUGGUGCUACAACACAAAACAAAGAUGACAAGAAAAGACAGGAAUUACCAAAACUAGAAGAUUUUCUACAGAAGAGAGAUUACACAGGUGCAACAACUUUAUUGGAAUUUAAUAGAAACAGCGGCCAAAAAGAUAUUGACACUGAUCUCUGGGUUGCUUAUUGCCUCUUUCAUCUUGGAGACUACAAAGGUGCAAUGGAGAUUUAUGAAAAAGUGACCAAACGGGACAAAUUUAUUCCUGAAGUUUGGAAUUAUUUGGCUUGCUGCUAUUUUCUGCUUGGAAUGUAUCCAGAAUCAAGCGAAGCUUCACAUAAAGGUCCGAAGACAGGUCUGCAGAAUCGGUUGUUAUUCCAUUUGUCUCACAAAUUCAGUGAUGAAAACAGCUUGAUGGAUUAUCACCAGAAUCUCCAGGACAUUCUCGAAGACCAACUAUCCCUUGCAUCAAUCCAUUACCUCAGGAACCAUUAUCAGGAAGCUAUAGAUGUCUACAAACGGAUCUUGCUAGAUAACAGGGAUUAUUUAGCACUAAAUGUUUACAUUGCUCUCUGCUACCAUAAAUUAGAUUACUAUGAUGUUUCACAGGAAGUCUUACAAGCUUACCUUCAGCAAUAUCCAGACAGUGCCAUUGCUCUUAACCUCAAAGCGUGUAACCAUUUCCGGCUUUAUGAUGGCAAGGCUGCUGAGAGUGAACUCAAAGGCCUCCAAGAAAUUGCUUCCCCUUCUUUCACAUUUGCUCGGGAUCUUAUCAAGCACAAUAUGGUUGUGUUCCAAGGUGGAGAAGCAGCCCUUCAAGUGUUACCUCCCUUGGUUGAUGUUAUACCUGAAGCCAGGCUUAAUCUUGUCAUCUACUACUUAAAACAAGAUGACAUUUCUGAAGCAUAUGCUCUGAUCAAAGAUGUGGAACCUUGCACACCACAAGAAUAUAUCCUGAAGGGAGUUGUAAAUGCUGCUUUAGGUCAGGAACAAGGAACUAGAGAACAUCUCAAAAUUGCACAGCAGUAUUUCCAGUUGGUAGGAGGCUCAGCUAGUGAAUGUGACACCAUUCCAGGUCGACAGUGUAUGGCUUCAUGUUUCUUUCUAUUAAAACAGUUUCAAGAUGUUUUACUCUACUUGAAUUCAAUCAAAAGUUAUUUCUACAAUGAUGACAAUUUCAACUUUAAUUAUGCCCAAGCAAAAGCAGCUAAUGGUAACUUCAAAGAAGCAGAAGAAGUGUUUUGUAUGAUCCAGAAUGAAAAACUGAAACGGGAUUAUGUCUACCUCAGUUGGUUGGCCAGAUGUUUUAUCAUGAACAGUAAGCCUCGACAUGCAUGGGAAUUGUAUUUGAAAAUGGAAACGUCUGGUGAAUCUUUUAGUUUGUUGCAGCUUGUUGCAAAUGAUUGCUAUAAGAUGGGUCAGUUUUAUUAUGCAGCAAAAGCCUUUCAUGUAUUGGAGCGACUUGACCCAAACCCUGAGUACUGGGAAGGUAAAAGAGGUGCCUGCAUUGGAGUCUUUCAACAAGUCAUUGCUGGACGUGAACCAAAAGAUCAUUUGGCAGAAAUUCUGCAGAUGCUGGGGAACAUGAGCAACCCUCAAGUGGAGUUGAUGACCCGCACAAUGAAGAAAUGGGCCAAAGAAAAUAAGGUGCCACUCUGA